CUGGUUUCAGCUUCUCCAUUCACAGCACAGAUCAAGCCGUGGUACCUGAAUGGCCAUGUUGACAUGAUACUUUUCAUUCAGAGCUCUGAUUGUAUCUGGGAGUUAUAGAUUUAUUACUCAUAAUGCAUGGUUCUUUUGUUUUUCCCACAGAUUUAAGAUUUCAUAGGUCUUGUUAGUUUGUAGUUAAAACGCUGUGAGUAAGAACUGCCAGCUCCUUAAUUUGAUCACAUGAAAUCUGCAUUGUUUCCAAUUAUUCUCCUCUGACAGUACGAUUAAAGCUGAUCUAUCAGUGGCACUGAGCUAAUAAGGAUCUUAUAUCACUGCCUUUAAAUGCUUUUGGAGACAAUACAAAAAUCGUGCAGCUCUGCUUCCAUAGUGUGGCCUCUGGGCAGGAUUGGGUGUCACUCAUCGGUUUUUUGUUGCUGUUUGCAGGAUCGUCGUCAUGACCAGUCUGGGGACUUGUGCCUGUGGGGUCAGGGACAGAUUGAAAGGCAGCUCUCACCAGUCCAAUGUACACAAGAACUUAAGAGAGCUUCACCUAAAAGUACUUCCUCCAACAGAACUGUUGCAUGAAACAAGAGACUUUCCUGUCUCCGUUGAAGUGCCUCCAGAGCAGGAGCCAUCCAAGGAGCAACUCUUUCCCUUAGACUACAACAAGGAGUACCAGUGGGGUCAGCUCAAAGGGUCUUCAUAGCAAAAACAGUAAUAGGGGUGGCAGCAAAAUGGCAUCAAAUAUUCACAGUAGGAGAGUGCCUGCAGUCAUUAAAGGACAUCGACACUUUAGUUACGGAGGAGCCACGUUACCUGAGUGAGCAGCUUCAUGUUGUCAACAAUGAAAAAUAAUAGGAUUAGUGCAGAUUAAUGAAUUAAAAGAGUAUGGUUAGUGUUCAUAAAUGUAAUGUGUACAUAUG